GAGUGUGACGUAGCUACCAUGGCAACGCAAUACCCUGCUUUAACCCGGCCUCUCUCCGAGUUCGCAGUGCGGCUGAUUCUAGGCUGGGCCUCACGCGGCGAUCAGGACUCUGGGGCAGCCAAGCCACGAUGCCCAGUGAAACUCUCUGGGAAAUUGCAAAAGCUGAAGUGGAAAAACGGAGAAGUAGUGGAAGUGAAGGUGAUGGAGUUGAAAUUGGAGAAAAGUCUGUUUUCUUCAUUGGCAGUAAAAACGGGGGAAAGACUACUAUUAUUCUAAGGUGUCUUGACAGGGAUGAGCCACCAAAACCAACCUUAGCUUUGGAAUAUACAUAUGGAAGAAGAGCAAAGGGACAUAACACACCAAAAGAUAUUGCUCACUUUUGGGAGCUAGGUGGAGGAACGUCUUUACUGGAUUUAAUCAGCAUACCAAUCACAAGUGACACCUUACGGACAUUUUCUAUUGUCCUUGUUUUGGAUCUUUCAAAACCUAAUGACCUUUGGCCCACCAUGGAAAAUCUGUUGCAAGCCACAAAACUUAAUGUCGAUAAAGUGAUAAUGAAACUGGGGAAGAAGAAUUCUAAAGCAGCUUCUGAAAUGAGACAGAAGAUGUGGAGCAAUAUGCAGAAGGACCAUCCAGAUCGUGAAUUAAUUGACCCAUUUCCAAUUCCUCUGGUCAUAAUCGGAAGUAAAUACGAUAUUUUUCAGGAUUUUGACUCUGAGAAGAGGAAGGUAAUAUGCAAGACACUUCGAUUUGUUGCACAUUAUUAUGGAGCAUCAUUAAUGUUUACCAGUAAAUCAGAAGCUCUGUUACUAAAAAUACGUGGAGUUAUUAACCAAUUGGCAUUUGGCAUCGACAAAAGCAAAUCAAUAUGUGUGGAUCAGAAUAAACCUCUGUUUAUCACAGCAGGAUUGGAUUCUUUAAGUCAGAUAGGAUCUCCUCCUCUUCCUGAUAAUGACAUUGGAAAGCUUCAUGCCCGUUCACCAAUGGAACUGUGGAAAAAAGUGUAUGAAAAGCUCUUUCCACCAAAGAGUAUCAACACACUAAAAGAUGUCAGGGACCCUGCACAAGAUCCUCAGUAUGCUGAAAGUGAAGUUGAUGAGAUGAGAAUUCAGAAGGAUCAGGACAUUUAGAUAUAUCCAUACUUUUCUUGGUGGCUCAGACGGUAAAGAAUCUGCCUGCAAUGCAGCAGACCUGGGUUCAAUCCCUGGGUUGGGAAGAUCCCCUGAAGGAGGGCAUGGCAACGCACUCCAGUGUUCUUGCCUGAAGAAUCUCCAUGGACAGAGGAGCCUGGCAGGUACAGUCCAUGGGGUUGCAAAGAGACAGACACGACUGAGCGACGAAGCACCGCAGCACACAUACUUUUCUCAGAUCAGAAAGAUUAAGGACUGCCUAAUCUGGAAGCACACAGUUGACAAAACCCAGGAACUCUCAGGAAAGUGAUUAAAAGUGGAGACUGCUUUCCAUAUAUGUGCCCAGAUAGCAUCAUUUGUGAUACACAGCCUGACAUAAGAAUGUAAGAGUUGGUAAAUUUUUAUCAUGAUCCAAUAUUGAGAUUUUCCCAGAUCUCCUUUUAGUUUGAUAAAAUGAGUCAUUGUGAAGAAUAUAACCUUAUAUAAAUAAGCACAGUAAAUGGAAUGCCCUGACCACCUCUCAGGUGGAAUUUGUAGAGCUGUGCAACUGUUGCUAGGAUAAGCUAAACACAACCACCCACUGUGAGCAGGGACCAGGGUCUUUCUCAGCAGUCACCUUUCACCUUCUGGGGCCCUAGAAUAAGUAAGCAAAACAUUUUAAGUACAGAAGACUUCUGAAAAACAUGUCAUGAAUAUUUAGAGGGUGUUGUAGCUGUCACAAAGUGAGAGGCAUGUCGCAGGAACACUAAAAUGACCUCAUGUAACCCUUAUUGUGUUUUGCAGCUUGGCUAUAGAGAUUAGUUGGAAGUCAUCUCUGAAUUAAUAUUUAUCUAGGAGUUAGUGACUAACUGCCAUUGUUGAUAAGAUUAUCUGUUUAUAUUAUACAAUGAUCCCUUUUAUAUAUUUAUUAUUAAAGGGCAAGAGUAUUUCUGAGCAUUUUAAGGUUUCACAUUCAAAUCCAUCUUCCCUAACUUGACUUAAAACCAUAUGAGUUUUGAGUAGAACUGGAAAGCAGCCCCACAAUACCUGUAUCAUUCUUCCCUUGUACCUCACUAAUUACCACAUUCUCUGGACAGAUUUUUUUUUAGACUCACUUGAAAAGUUAUGAUGUCCUAAUUUUGCCUCUAAAACAGUUUCAUUCAUGGUAUUUUAGUAGAUGAAUUGAUUUUAGUUUGUACAUGUAGUACCCACCUCUGCUUUAAGUCAUGCUAAUGAUUAGCAGUUGAUACUCAAUUAUUUUAUAGAUGUUUACUU